AGCGCAGGUUCCAAGACAGGGGGCGACAAGAUGUUCUCCCUUAAGAAGUGGAACGCGGUGGCUAUGUGGAGUUGGGACGUAGAGUGCGAUACGUGCGCCAUCUGCAGGGUCCAAGUGAUGGAUGCCUGUCUCAGAUGUCAAGCUGAAAACAAACAAGAGGAUUGUGUUGUGGUCUGGGGAGAAUGCAAUCAUUCCUUCCACAACUGCUGCAUGUCCCUGUGGGUGAAACAGAACAAUCGCUGCCCGCUGUGCCAGCAGG